AAAGGCGAGCCAAGAAGAAAUGGCUGGUUCGCUCGCUAUGAUCCCAAGCAAUGUCAGUGAGAACCCGUUGAACACUGUGAGAGAUGAGUGGCAGAUCAACUUUGCUCGCUUCUUCGCCUAUCCCUUAGCUGCCACCACUUGCUCCGAUCUUCUUCCUCUGCCUCCUUCCCGCAGGAAUCGUAGUCCCAGGGGCAACUGGAUCGCGUCCCCUUCAAUUGCUUUUCUCCGGCUCGUAAACGAUUAUUCGAACUCCGAUGUGAUCAUUUGCAUCUGCUUCAACGGCGAAGUUCUUGAGGAACACUACGUUUCCAAGCUGCAUUUUUCCUGGCCCCAGGUAUCAUGCGCAUCUGGAUUUCCUGCUAGGGGCAUCAAAACUGUGCUAGUUAGCUAUAGAGACUCCGUGGGCGAGAUCCAGAAGUUUGGUAUGCGGUUUCCAUCAUUCUAUGAAGCACAGGCAUUUAUAAAUACUUUGAAGGGAAUCUUGAAGGAUAAGAAGGGACCUGAAACUCCAAACACUGACUUUGGAUCUGAAAUUUCGUCACAAUCAGAGUUUAUGUCAUCAAACAAGCACUCCCACAGAGCUGGUGAGGAACUUAGCACAAUAACACCUUUUGACACUUACAUUCCAACAAUGCCCCCAAGCUUCAACGAUGAAGAAAAGAGAUAUUCAGGUACCCAAGAAAAGGAAACCACUGCUGGUAACAGUUUUGAAGGCAUAUACCCAGCCUUCCCUCCCAGUUUCACCUCAUUACUAAUGGAUUGCUCUCAGAUCAACACGGCUCAACAAACUGUUUCCAAGGAGAUUGAUCUCAAGUCCCAAAUUGUGAAGUACAUGGAAGACUCUUCCUUCCAAGAUAUUUUGUCCAAGGUGGAGAAAGUUAUAAGCGAGAUAGGAGGUGACAUGUCGCUGUAGGUAUCCGUGGCUUUCGGAAUGAAUCUAGUCGAAGCAGUCUAGCAUCUCUAGCUGGUAACUGAAGCAUGGUGGCCUCCGCCUUCUAUUCAAUGGGAAUGGGAGCUUCUAACCGUUCACAGGGGAAAAAAGAAGAAGAAGAAGAAGAAGAAUGAGCUUAUACUCUAACCUCUCCUCUGUUUUAAUUCCUCUUAACAGCAACCAACACAAAACCAAGUUUGCUUGACUUGCUGAUCCGAGUUUUCAUGGCAUCUUAGCCUCUAAUACAGUGUGAUUCAGCUAAUAGCAAGUUUAGUUAAAAAGCACAAAAACUAUAGAAGGGCAAUGUUGUUUUGAUUUUCUUUCUUGGCUGCCAGCUGUAAAUGUUGAUCCCUCUUUGAAAUAACAAUAUUAUUUUCUUGGUUUUCUUCUC